AUGACUUCAAGCAUAUUUGAUGAAGACCCUGAUGAUUUGAUAAUACUAGGAGAAAUACAAAAGUCUGUCUUGCACUUUUCACCUGUGAAUGAAAUGAAGAAGAAAGAAUAUUGCACAAAGUUAAACAUUCAACAGAUCACACCCACUUCUGAUAAUGAAGGUCAAACAUGUCAACCUAUUGAACAUCCAUGUACAAUCAAACAUGUAACGGGUGAUGGAAAUUGCUUCUUUCGUGCCAUAUCAUUUUGUGUAUCAGGAAACGAGAACAACCACUUACUUGUGAGAAAAGCUAUUGUUGUUCAUCUUUUGAAAAACAAGAACAGAUUUGGGACACGUGUGAGAGAUGGUUUUGCCAACGUUUCAGAUUACGUGACAAAGAGCAAAGUAUUUCAAAAGGGUACCUGGGCUACCGAAAUGGAGAUUAUGGUUUUGGCGAAUUUGAUUGAAACUGAUAUAUACAUAUAUGACGAGCAGAACGCUAAAUGGAGUAUAUUUUCGGGCAAGGAUGUACAACUUGGAGUGGUUACCUCUGACAAAGGAAUUUACUUGAGACAUACUCAACGUAUACAUUACGAUGUUGUUUUGUCAGUACAAUCAUUUCACUGCGAUAAUUCCAACGAACAGUACAUUGGAAAUGAAAACGAAAACACACUUGCAACUGAUGCUCCACAAUAUCAAGAGAAAUGCACAAAUGAUAGUGAUAAUAUAAACAUUCCCAUCAAUGGUUUGCAAACAGUUGAGGCUCCCCAAAAAAGCAUCCAUGUAAUUUCAGUGACCGAUGAAAGUGAAAAGAAAAUUGGAUCGUCUGUUGCUCCAAAAGUAUCUAUGUUAAUUAGACAAAAGACAUCGAAUGUUUGUGAGACUUCUGAAAGAAAAGGCAUGAAACAAACGAGUAAAACAAACAAGGUGGACAAAGCCUAUAAGCAAAAGUGUCAUGAAAGUCGUACAACAAAUGACCCAUCCCAGUUUCAGAAAAAAAUACGCACAGAAUACCACUUCAAUCCUAUAUCCUAUGAGAAUGCCAGUCCUACGGAUAAAACCCAGUCAAACGAACAUAACAAAACGGGUACGAAGGUAAAUUUACAAAAAACGAUUAUUGCUCAGGGAACGUUCAAUCAGGGCCAUCCAAGAUUUGGCAAUUCAAGCGGAAAACAAUGUGCAUAUGGUGAUAACAACAUCCAUAAGAAAACUUUAUCACUUUUUGACUGCUUCACUGACACAGGUACAAUCAAGGAUUUCAUGCCAUGGCUGAUGACCUAA